AAGCACACAGGGAAAAACCAGUCAUGUCUGCAGCUUUCUCUAACUGGAGAAGGAAAAGAACUGGAAUCUUGCAAGCAAAGUCUGAUGCAGGAUCCAUUAGAAAACUGCUGCAAAUGAGGCUGUCAUCACCUGGACACUUUAACCUGGAAGCAGUCCAGGCUGCUGCUGAAAGUUCAGAAGAAUACUGAAGCUAAGCAAUGACGAAUUCCAAAUCUUCUCUGGUACUGGCAGCAAUUCCCUGCUUCAGCGAGAAUGGCAGAUGCUAAGUCAUUUCAGAAAAGGGAAGGAUACAAGGUGCAGCUAAAAGCUGAAGCCAUAACACACCCAUGAGUGAGCAGCACUAGUCGUGUGCAUCCAUGGCCUCUGUGCCAGUAAUUCCAGACUCUUACAACCAUGUCUUGGCAGAGUUGGAGUGUUUGGAUCCAUUGCUUUCUGCACUCAGGUUGGAUUCCAGUCGUCUUAAGUGCACAUGUAUAGAUGUGUCAAAGAGAUGGCUGGCUCUAGGCAGCUCAGGAGGAGGACUGAACCUUAUCCAGAAGGAUGGUUGGAAGCAAAGACUCUUUCUCACUCACAAGGAAGGUGCCAUUUCCAGGGUGGCCUGUUGUUUGCAUGAUGAAGACUAUGUUGCUGUUGCCACCAGCCAAGGCCUUGUAGUGGUGUGGGAGCUGAACCAGGAGCGUCGUGGGAAGCCAGAACGGAUUUAUGUUUCCUCUGAGCAUAAGGGCAGGAAAGUCACAGCUCUGUGCUGGGAUACAGCUGCCCUUCGAGUUUUUGUAGGAGAUCAUGUGGGGAAAGUAUCAGCAAUCAAGAUUAACACCUCGAAACAAGGGAAGGCUGCAGCUACUUUUGUGAUGUUUCCUGUCCAGAUCAUAACCACUGUAGAUUCUCGGGUGGUUCAGCUCGAUUAUUUGGAUGGAAGGCUGCUCAUAUCUUCACUUACCCGCACUUAUUUAUGUGAUACGGAAAGAGAGAAGUUCUGGAAGAUUGGUAAUAAAGAGAGAGAUGGAGAAUUUGGAGCAUGUUUCUUCCCUGUUGGAAAAAACAGUGGGAAUCAGCAGCCAUUAAUAUACUGUGCUCGACCUGGCUCGAGGAUGUGGGAGGUGAACUUUGAUGGGGAAGUGCAAAGCACACAUCAGUUCAAGCAGCUGCUCUCAUCUCCACCUCUUCCUGUUGUUACUCUCAGGCAUGAUCCUCAUUAUACUGGUUCCAGUUGCUCUCCACAAUCUUUAUCUUUCUCCAAGCUGCUAUAUUUGACUGAGCACUGUGUGGUGACCUGGACAGAAAGAGGCAUUUAUGUUUUUCUUCCCCAAAGCCUUCAAGUCUUACUCUGGAGUGAAGUUAAAGAUAUUCAGGAUAUUGCAGUUCACAAGAGUGAGUUGUUCUGUCUGCACACAAAUGGGAAAGUUGUGCACCUCUCCCUGCUGCCGGUCGAUCGCUGCGUAGAGCGUCUGAUGAGAAGAGGAUUCUGGACCCUCGCUGCCAGGGUCUCUUGUCUCUUCCAAAAUUCAAUUGUUUCUUGCAGAGCAAGAAAAAACCUGCCUCUAGACAAGCUGGAGCACUUGAAGUCUCAGCUGGAUGCUUCAACCCAACAAGAUCUCGCUGCACAACUGGAAGAACUGAUUGCAAAGCUGGAACCUCUGGAUUCUGCAUGCAGCAGUAGAAGGAGCAGUAUUUCAUCUCAUGAGAGCUUCAGUGUCUUAGACUCUGGAAUCUACCGCGUUAUCAGUCGGAGGGGCAGUCAGUCAGAUGAAGACUCCUGUUCUCUCCACAGUCAAACAUUCUCAGAAGAUGAGAGACUUAAAGAAUUUCCUGCACACCAUGAAGAUGAACAACAAGAACUUGAGAACGUAUCUCAUGCAUCUGUGGUGGUUGAGGCUGACCGGAAUGAGACAUUCCUCCCAUUCAGUAUUCCUUUGUCAUUCCGUUCCCCAUCUCCUCUCGUCUCUCUCCAAGCUGUCAAAGAAAGUGUUUCCAGCUUUGUACGCAAAACCACGGAAAAGAUUGGCACGCUUCAUAUAAGUCCUGAAUCUAGAGGGAAGCAUGAAGCAAAGGAUGAUGAGCAGCUGCCAGAACUAACUCUUAAUCCAGUAGCAUCUCCCCAGGAAGAAAAAGAGUCAGAACCCCAGAACUGCCAGCUUCCUGAGGAGGACCAUCUGAGAAAUCUCAAGGCUGCAACAGCAGAAACUAUAGCCAAGCUCCAGGAUCCCCUGGUUUUGUUAGAACCUCAGUGUAUGAGAAGGGUCUUACAGGAAUGGCUUGUCCAUCUAGAAGAAAAAUUCAGCCAGGAGCAUUCUGCUUUGCCUCUUAAGAAAAACAAGACUGUGUGUGCUGAAGAGCAGAGGGCAGUCCUGGAGGAGAACAUGCAAGUGGCUCCAGCUGACAGAGACCCAGCAGACAAGGAACAGAGUGAUAUUUUGGAAGACUGCAUUGAAAAGGAAAAUACUGCUGAAACCUGUGUGAGCAAAUCCAUGUGUGAAAAUGGUACUGAUGUGUCUGUGCCUCUGGGCUGUGGCUUUCAGCUGUCUCCUCCAUGUGCCAUUGAGCCUGAUGUUCUGAAAGAUCUCGUGGAGCUGACGACUCUGUGCUUUGAGCUGCGUGUCUUUUCUGCUGGGAGUGCUGAGGCUGAGGAGAGCUCUGAGGGAAGCCUGCCACCAGCAGCUUCAGGGACCUUGGCUUGUAGGUUUAUGCAAAGCUACUUCUUCCUUUUGGAUUUAAAGAGAGUAAAGCAGUGUAUUAUAACCACGUGUGCCACCAGCCCUGAUGUAUGGGAGACAUACAUUGCAGGAUUGAAAGAAAUAACUUGUCACAGUCCAGUGGCUUUAGCAAUGGAAAGUGAAGAUAUGUUGAAAAUAUUGAAGCUGCUGCAUGACCUGGGGCCGUGGGAUGACAGCCCACUGUUGCUGGCACAUGCUCAAAGGCUUUAUGAAAAAUUUGGGGAAACAGCUCUUCGGCCCUUGAUCAAGUUCCACCCCUCUAUUUUGCCUUCUGAUAUUAAACAGCUUUGCAGGAAUGAUCCAGCUCACUUUUUAGCAUAUUUAGAUAGUCUGGUGAAAUCAAAGCCAGAGGACAAAAGGCCAUUUCUCCUUAGGUCUCUUCUGCAGCCGGAAUCUGUACGGUUGGAUUGGCUGUGCUUGGCAGUUUCUCAUGAUGCUCCACAAAGGGCAAACACUGUGGAUGAGGAAGGAAAUCCCAGGCCAAGAUCACAUUUGUUUACUUGGGGCUACAGCCAGCUCAUUCUGCUCUUGAUUAAACUUCCAGCUGAUUUUGUGAUGAAAGAGAAGAUGGCUGACAUCUGUAAAUCACACGGAUUUUGGCCUGGAUAUCUUUUUCUCUGUCUGGAGCUGGAUAGAAGAACAGAAGCCUUUACUAAUAUUGUUCAUUUGGAUGAUUUGAGCCUGUUGAAUGGAGAAGAUGGUUCCAUUCCAGAGACCAUAGAAGAAUGGAAGUUUGUUCUGCAUCUUGCACAGAAUCACAGCACAGCUUCCCAGCAGCACAGCCCACAGAACGGGAUCGCUGUCAGCAACGGGGGCCCGGGCUGCCCUGACGGCAUCACGGUGGAAAACAUCGCUCUGCUGCUGGCCAAGGCCAUCGGCCCCACCCGAGCUGUGCCUCUCUUGCAGGAGUGUGGCUUGGCACUGGAGCUGUCUGAGAGGUUUACUGGUGUCUGUGAGAUACUGAGAAUUGCUGAGAAAAGGCAGAGAGCGCUGAUUCAGUCCAUGUUGGAAAGGUGUGACCGGUUUUUGUGGUCUCAGCAAGCAUAGAAAACAACUUGGGAGAACUCUGGGAACAUUUUAUACUGCCAUGACUGUAUAUUCAAGUGCCUCUUAAAUUUCACAGGCCCUUAAAAAAAACAAACUCCUGUCUAAAAAGUUCAGUUAUACUGAGCCAAUCUCCAUCUGGCAGGUAUCUGGACCUGAAGUGGUGACAGUUCUUCCUUAUUCCUUUGGAGAAGACUUUUGAACUGUAGAAUAUAGAUCGAAACAAGCCAGUAUUUAUCUUGAAAUUAAGCUUACAGAUUUCCAAGAUGAAAAUUGCUGAAUUUAUUUUCUGAGUCUAUAACUUAAGUGUUCAGGGAUAUGAGCCCCUAAGUAUUAAAUUAUGGUGUAUAAAGUUUUUUUGCUUUUUUGUUUGUAAACAUGAGAAAUUCCUCGGAGGUAUCUAAGCCUAUACUUGUUUAACUUUCCUGUAAAUGGCAUUUACCUUUACUGUUGCUGUAGAAGUGUCUGUUAUGGUACCCAUUGGUUUUUUCCCCUUCUUAAAUUAUAUGGACAGGCCUUAACUAUUUGAAAUAUGUUAUUUAAGCCAAGUCUUAAAAUGGGAGAGUAAUAUUUUUAAGUAGUGGAUUUAUAUUAAAAAAUGCUGUUUAACAGGCAGACUUGUUAAAUUAACUCACUGUUAAACUACAAACACAAUAUUUCUAAAUUGCCCAUGCCUGUCUGUGCACUGUGACCAUAGACAUCCAUUGUGAUACUCCAGCAAACCUCGGGACAGUGGAUCAGAGUCAUUUAAGUUGCAAAAGACCCUGAAGAUCCAACCCUCCAACCAUUAGCCUGCAACCACUGCCAAAUCCACCACUGAGCCAUGUCCCAGAGUGCCACAUCUACAUGGCUUCUAAAUGCCUCCAGGGAUGGUGACUCCACCACUUCCCAGGACAGCCUGUUCCAGUACUGGACAAUGCUUUUGGUGAAAAAGUGUUUCCUGAUAUCCAAUCAAAAGUUCUCCUGGAGCAACUUGAGGCCAUUUCUUCUUGUCCUAUCCCUUGUUACAUGGGAAAAAGAAACCCAGUCCCACCUGGCUCCAGUCUCCUUCCAGGCAGGUGCAGAGAGCAGUGAGGUCUCCCCUGAGCCUCCUUUUCUCCAGGCCGAACACCCCCAGCUCCUUCAGCCUCUCCUCACAGGACUUGUACCCCAGACCCUCCACCGGCCCCAUUUCCCUUCUCUGGACUCACUCCAGCCCCUCAAUGUCUUUCCUGCAGUGAGGGGCCCAGAACUGGACACAGGAU